UGCGUGGGUCGCCAUGGGGACGGGGCUGUUCCCGGGGAGGCUGUGAUGGGUUGACAGGUGCGUGACAGUGGGAGCUGCUCUCGGCACAAGCAUGUACGGCAAAGGCAAGAGUAACAGCAGCGCCGUCCCGUCCGACAGCCAGGCCCGGGAGAAGUUAGCACUCUACGUAUAUGAAUAUCUGCUCCAUGUAGGAGCUCAGAAAUCGGCCCAGACAUUUUUAUCGGAGAUAAGAUGGGAAAAAAACAUCACAUUGGGGGAACCACCAGGAUUCUUACAUUCUUGGUGGUGUGUAUUUUGGGAUCUCUACUGUGCAGCUCCAGAAAGACGGGAAACAUGUGAACAUUCAAGUGAAGCAAAAGCCUUCCAUGAUUAUAGUGCUGCAGCAGCUCCCAGUCCAGUGCUAGGAAACAUUCCCCCAGGAGAUGGCAUGCCAGUAGGUCCUGUACCACCAGGGUUCUUUCAGCCUUUUAUGUCACCUCGGUACCCUGGAGGUCCAAGGCCCCCACUGAGGAUACCUAACCAGGCUCUUGGAGGUGUCCCAGGAAGUCAGCCCUUACUUCCCAGUGGAAUGGACCCAACUCGACAACAAGGACAUCCAAAUAUGGGUGGGCCAAUGCAGAGAAUGACGCCUCCAAGAGGAAUGGUACCCUUAGGACCACAGAACUAUGGAGGUGCAAUGAGACCCCCACUGAAUGCUUUAGGUGGCCCUGGAAUGCCUGGAAUGAACAUGGGUCCUGGUGGUGGCAGACCUUGGCCAAACCCAACAAAUGCCAACUCAAUACCAUACUCCUCAGCAUCUCCUGGGAAUUAUGUAGGUCCUCCAGGAGGUGGAGGGCCACCAGGAACACCCAUCAUGCCUAGUCCAGCAGACUCAACCAACUCUGGAGACAACAUGUAUACUUUAAUGAAUGCAGUACCUCCUGGACCUAACAGGCCUAAUUUUCCAAUGGGCCCUGGGUCAGAUGGUCCCAUGGGUGGAUUAGGAGGAAUGGAGUCACAUCACAUGAAUGGCUCUUUAGGCUCAGGAGAUAUGGACAGUAUUUCCAAGAAUUCUCCCAAUAAUAUGAGCCUGAGUAAUCAGCCGGGCACUCCUAGGGAUGAUGGCGAAAUGGGGGGAAAUUUCUUAAAUCCUUUUCAGAGUGAGAGUUACUCCCCUAGCAUGACAAUGAGUGUGUGAUCCAUUACCAAGUCUCCUCAUGGAAACCACAGUGAGUCAGCCCUUCACAGAACUACUACGGAAGAAAAUUAUUCAUCACAGUGUACAGUUAAACAAAGGAAUCUCAGUCACACCAAACCAACCUUUUUAUUUCCUGCUCUCUCCCCUAUUUUGUGAAGAAAGCGGGUCCAAACGUGAUUCGAACAACUGUACAGAGCGGCACAUUAGAAUUGCCCUCAACGGAACUGCAAAUGAUUAUCUGUGUAUGUAUAUGUGUGGGAAAGAGAAUGUAUUGUAUGUGUGUAUGUUAUAUGGACACAUGCACAUACAUACAUUGACCCACAGGACAUUGUAAAAUACUAUCACAUGACAUCUUAAGUAGAAAUAAGUAGGGACUUUUAUUCCAUCCUUUUUUUCACGUUUACAUUUUAAUUAUUAAAAGUUGCUCCUGCCCCUCCCUGAUCUAUUUUGUGCUGUGUAUAUCACUGCUUUAUAUAAGUUAUUUUUUAAGGUGAACUCAGAUGUUAUGGUUUUGUAAAUGUCUGCAAUCAUGGAUAGGAAUAAAAUCGCUUAUUUGAGAGCUUUCAUUAAA